CUUUUUUUCAAAAAUAAAAAGAAAAAACAUUCCAAAGACUUUAUUCAAUAGUAAUAGAAUUAGUACUACUUGCGCUCCUCAUAUUUCUUUGUAUAUAAUAUUAUUAUUCAAUAGUAAUAUUUGUUCUUCUUCUAAUUAUCUCUAGGAAACAAUGAGCAUGGAUGUGGCCAAGAGGGCAUUCGUGACCUUUCUUGCAGGCAACGGAGACUACAUCAAAGGCGUGGUAGGCCUUGCCAAGGGCCUCCGCAAGGCCAACACGCGUUACCCUCUCGUGGUCGUCGUGUUGCCGGAUGUCCCCGACGACCACCGUCGCAUUCUUCGCUCCCAAGGAUGCAUCGUCCGGGAGAUUGAGCCUGUCUAUCCGCCUGAAAACCAAACCAAAUUUGUCAGGGCAUAUUUUGUCAUCAACUACUCUAAGCUUCGCAUUUGGGAGUUUGAAGAGUAUGAAAAGAUGAUAUACUUGGACGCAGACAUACAAGUGUUUGACAACAUUGAUCACCUAUUUGACUUGCCAAAUGGCUACUUUUAUGCGGUGAUGGAUUGCUUUUGUGAUAAGUCCGUAUGGAGUAACUCUCCUCAAAACAAGAUUGGCUACUGCCAGCAGCGCCCUGAGAAAGUGAAGUGGCCCGCUGGGAUGGGGUCGCCGCCACCGUUGUACUUCAAUGCCGGCAUGUUCGUUUUCGAGCCUAACCUUGUCACUUACUCUAACCUCUUGGAGGCCCUCAAAGUCACGACUCCCACUACCUUUGCCGAGCAAGACUUUCUGAACAUGUUCUUCAAGGAUGUGUACAAGCCUAUUCCAAAUGUUUACAACCUCCUUUUGGCCAUGCUGUGGCUUCACCCUGAGAAUGUUGAAAUUGACAAAGUCCAGGUUGUCCACUAUAGUGCUGAGCCAAAUAUGUUUGCUUAA